AUAUUGCAUAUAGAGAGAGAAGGUGACUGUGGAAUUGCCCAUGUGUGCAUAUACAUGUAUUAUUACAAAUGCAUAUAUGAAUUAAUUCAUUCAUCUUCUCAACCUUGCUUCUUUAACUUGAACAAGUAACUUCAUUCUUCACCUCUUUCUCUCUCAUCCCUCCUUUCCCUUCUCCAAAGAGAGAGAAGCAAGCUCAGAAAUUACAACUAAAUUCAAGAAUUUCAACAUGUCUUCCCCAAGCAAGAGGCGCGAGAUGGACUUGAUGAAAUUGUUGAUGAGUGAUUACAAGGUGGAGAUGAUCAAUGAUGGGAUGCAGGAGUUUUAUGUGCAUUUUCACGGCCCCAGUGAGAGUCCUUACCACGGCGGUGUAUGGAAAAUACGGGUGGGGCUUCCUGAUGCAUACCCGUACAAGUCUCCUUCGAUAGGAUUUAUUAACAAGAUGUACCAUCCCAAUGUGGAUGAGAUGUCGGGUUCCGUGUGUUUGGAUGUCAUCAACCAGACGUGGAGCCCUAUGUUUGACCUGGUAAACGUAUUUGAGGUGUUUCUACCUCAACUUUUGUUGUACCCUAAUCCAUCCGACCCGUUGAAUGGGGAGGCUGCAGCUUUGAUGCUGCGUGAUCGACCUGCUUAUGAACAAAGAGUCAAAGAAUACUGUCAGAAAUACGCCAAACCAGAAGACGUCGGGGCUGUCCCGGAAGAAGAGGAAUCGAGUGAUGAAGAGCUUAGCGAAGAUGAGAGUGACUCUAGCGAUGAUGAAGUUGCGGGGCCGGUGGAUCCAUAGCCUUCCCUCACCACCAGUUUCUGUACAUUAUUCUGUCCCACAAUUCUCUCUGUAGAAGAAGAAGCUAUGCAUGAUGUAAAAUAACAUAUUUAUAAUUUUAUAUCAUGCUGUAAAGACUGUUGUUGUUACUGUAAAUAUAUGCUACAUUGUUUGUAACUUUAUUCCCCAUUAUAAAUGCCAAGCAAAAUGCUUUCUCUAA